AUGCAAUUGCGAUCUCUCUCCUCGAUCGAAUUACCGCCCACGGCGGACUUCCACGUGCAUCUCCGCCAGGACGCCAUGAUGGAGCUCUGCACGCCGCUGGUCGAAAAGGGCGGCUGCGACACCGUCUACGUGAUGCCCAACCUGCAGCCGCCCAUCAAGACCGUGUCGGAGGCGCUGGCCUACCACGACAAGCUGACUCGUCUGGCGCCCAACGUCAAGUUCCUGAUGUCGCUGUAUCUGCAUCCGGGGCUGACGCCGGAGAUGAUUGCUGAGGCGGCGAGGACGGGGGUUAUCUACGGCGUGAAAUUUUAUCCUGCGGGUGUCACGACAAACUCGCAAGACGGCAUCCUCGACAUCGAGCAGCUGUACCCCGUCUUCGAGGCGAUGGAGAAGCACGAUCUGGUCCUCAACCUGCACGGCGAGAUGAUCAGCUCUCCGCCGGGGGCGUACGUCAAGGAGGACGGUUCCCCCGCGGUGACGGUGCUGAAUGCGGAGCCCAUGUUCCUCCCGCAGCUGCACAAGCUGCAUGCGGCGUUUCCCAAGUUGCGCAUCGUCCUGGAGCAUGUCAGCACGAGGCAGGGGUUGGAGGCUGUUCGGCAGUGUGGGCCGACGGUAGCCGGUACGAUCACAGCACACCACCUGUGGAUGGUCAUUGAUGAUUGGUGCGGCGACGUGUUCAACUUCUGCAAGCCUGUUGCGAAGACGCCAGAAGACCGCGUAGCCCUCAUCAAAGCCGUAGUCGAAGGCUCCGGGAAAUUCUUCUUCGGCAGCGACUCAGCCCCCCACCCGAUCCAGGCCAAGAAAGGCCCCGGCUCGACAGCUGCCGGAUGCUUCACGCAGCCGUACUGCGCGUCGAUCGUGAUCGGCGCCAUCGAAGAGGCGCUCGCCCAGGGGUGGAUCCGCGACGACGAGGUGACAAUCGAUGCGAUCGAAGGCUUCCUGUCCAAGUUCGGACGGGCCUUCUACAAGCUGCCGGCGGCCAGCAGCACGAGCAAAAUCCGACUGGAGAAGAAGGGCGAGAAGAUCCCUGAUGUGGUGCGCUCCGAGGAUGGAUCGGUGGAGGUGGUGCCGUGGGGGAGGGGGAAGGAGAUUCGAUCGAUGAAUCAUCUGGAUAUGAAUUGA